GGACGUUCCCGUGUGUGACAGGCAUUUCACCGAUUGUGUUGUAUUAAUCAACUACACCUUUCUAUUUUUAGGGGAAGGAUUUGUAAUUGGGAAAGAGGAACUCGUAUCUAUCUUCCAACUUGACGGUUCGUUCGUGUGCUUUCGAGCACUUUCAUGAGUUGAUUUUCCAGGUCUCAAGAGCAGCAGAAUAGCUGGAUGAUUGCAAUGGAAACAGAUGCUGUUUGUGAAGCAAGUGUAUCUAGUGAUAAUGUUGAUACUGGUGAUGCAGAGGCAGAGUCAAAUAAAGUUAAUUUACUUGGAGGGGUCUCUUUUAAUGGAGAGGUUAUUGGAGAAUUAGGAAAUGCUGGGGAAGUUCUGACAAGAGUGGAAUUGGAUUUAGCAUGUUCUUCUGAAAAGUUAGUUAACCUUAGUGUUCUGAUGAUGCAUGUGGCGACCAGGGAAAGUGACUUUGAAGCCUUUGCUUCAGAGGAAGAACAUAUGUUCAGUGAUUCUACUGAAAAGGCUUUGGAAUUUGAUCUCUUAUCUGGAAUUUUAGAUUCAGAGGUGAGAGAACUGGACAAAUUCAUGGCUGCACUUCAAGCAGAUGUUAACACUUCCCGUGAGAUUGUAUCCUCAUUCAAACACUUGGGAGAAAAUUUCAAGGAAAUGGAAGGAAAGUUGCGUGAUUCUGAACAAUCUUUGAAGCAGUCACAAGAUCAGAUCUCUGAAAUUUGGACGCAAUCUGCCAAGUUCCAGAGGAUCUUGUCAUGUUCUGUUCGGGGUGACAAUUGGAAUAGUGAUAAAGGUGCGAACUUUCCAGAGGAUGACCAAUUUUUGAAUACAUAUGCAAAGAUAAAGAUGCAAACUGCUGAACAGCAAAGACAUAUCCUGAGGAUGCUUGAAAAAUCUUUGGCUAGAGAGAUGGAUCUAGAGAAGAAGUUGACCGAAUCAAGACAUAAUGAAGAAGAACUGAAACUGAGGCUACAUUCUUCAGAACAAGAAGUAUUUUACCUAGAGGAAGAAGUAGCUGAUUUUUGGGAGAGGUGGUUGCAGGCAGAUAAUGCAUCAGAGGUCCUGAUGGGAAUUUCAAAGGAACUAUUGGGUCGACUCCAGAUUUUUCAGUUCAAUUUGAAUGGUGCAGUUCAGCGAGAAGCUGAGCUAAGAUCAAAGCUUGAAUGCUCCACAGACCAGUUGAAAGGUAAAGACAUUGAUCUCAACAAGCUCAAGACUAGUGGUGCAGAACAUGAUAACUUCCUCUUAGCCCAGGCAAACAGCUUAAAAGCCAGCUUGAAGGAAGCUGAAAAUAAACUAAGUCUUGCCAAUACUGAGGCCUUCACUUUGAGGGAGAAGGUGAGUUCACUCGAGAAGCAGCUUAAAGAAUCUGAGUUUCAGCUGCUGAAUGCAAACGUCUCUGCAGGUGGAAGUCAGGAGCAUCAUAAUGUUGUAUCUUCUGAAAUCAGUGAAAUGGAAAAUUUUAUUUUGGAUCCGAAAGAACAAAUUUCCGAAGCAGAAAGUAGGGCCGAAAGUGCCAAAGCCAGGUGUAAAUUAUUGGUUGAGACCAAUAUGGAUCUUAAUGAAGAGCUGGGUCUUCCUAAAGACAGUGGUGGUAUCUAUGAGAAGGUGGAUUUACUUGAGACGCAGUUGAGGGAAUCUGAUAUUCGGCUCCAGCAUGCAGUGGCAUCUGCUGAAGCUAGUCAGGAGAAGCAAAGCAUGUUGAAUUCUGCAAUUGGAGACAUGGAGAAUUUGAUAGAGAAUCUGAAGUUGAAAGUUUCAAAAGCUGAAAGUCGGGCUGAUUGUGCUGAGGAGAAGUGUAUCAUAUUAUCUGAAUCUAAUGAGGAGCUAAAUGAGGAACUGAACUUUUUGAGGGGCAGACUGGAAUGCUUGGAGGUAUCUUUGUACCAAGCUAAGGAAAUGAAAAAGGCAACUGCAAAGGACAUUGGUAUCCGGACCAAAGUUAUUACGGAUUUGGUCAUGCAACUUGCAAUUGAAAGAGAGCGCCUUCAUAAGCAGAUAUCUUCAUUGGCAGUGGAGAACCAAAUUUUGGUGGUGAAGUUACAGCAAAACAAGCACCCAUCUGUAGCUAGUGGCCAUUAUAGUGGAGAAGACAGUAAAGGAUUCUCAUUUGCCAAGCAUGACUUGACUGAUGUUACUCGUGCAAGAGAAACUAAGGAAGAAGCAACUGAGUUGUUGGCCACUGGUUCCGAGUUGGGCAAGACUCAGAAAAAUGUGUCUGUUGGUAAGACUAAAAAGGGGCCUGCAGAUUCUACAUCAGAGCCAGAGGUCGAGACAGUGAGGAGAAUAGAUGCAGGAGUCCUGAACUUUAAGCAUGUUUUUGUGGCGAUUCUCAUCUUGCUGAUUUCAGUCGUGGCCUAUCUACUUCAACAACAAACUUGCCCUUUUUGAAGCCAAGAGUUUUUGAUUGGCCAAUGAUAGGAGAUUUUCAUCAAUGCUUACCUUUUGUCCAUCUUCUCUCUUUUGUAACUUGGUGCACAUAACUCUUUCCUAAACUACUUUUGUUGUUAACUAGAGAUGUGGUGCUAUGCAGAAGAACAAUACAACUUAUUGUACUGAGAGCAUAUAUAUUUUCAUCUGAUCAAUGCACUGAAUACCUGCAAAUAGAAAGUGCUGAGGAUAGCAAGAUCUCAUUUUUGU